AUGUCGCAGACGUCUGUUCCUGAGAUUGGUAUCUGGCAGCUGCUCUAUAACCACGGGGCGAGGCCGUUUCCAGAAAAUCAUGUGAUCUUCCAAGAUGGCGCCUCGAAAAAAUCAUACACAUAUAAAUACCUCCGGACGGCUUCGCGGAACUUCGGCAGCUCCUUACAAAGUCUAUGGAAAUUUAAAAAGGGCGAUGUGCUGGCAUUAAUGUCCCCCAAUUGCAUCGAAACUCCAGUAGUGACGUGGGGAUGCCAUUAUACCGGGACAGUAGUUGCACCAGUUAAUCCCGGCUUGUCUACACGGGAGCUUCAUCAACAGCUCUCUCGCAGCCAGGCAAAAGGUAUAGCUGUGCAUUCGACUUGCCUGGAGACUGCAUUAGAGGCAGCAAAGCUAGCUGGUCUCCCCGAGAGCCGGAUACUGGUCUUGGGAACAGAGAAUGAAAGUGGUACUGGAACUACAACAGCUCAGUUUAUAGACAAUGCUCCCUCAAGUCCUGUCGAGCCGGCACACAUCCACCCCGACGAUGUCGCCUUCCUCGUCUACUCGUCCGGAACAAGCGGGCCUCCGAAGGGCGUCAUGGUAUCUCACCGGAACGUUGUCGCAGAUGUCGUUCUACAAGCAGCGAUCGAGGGGCCACAUGUUAACUGGAAGAACGAUCGAACGCUAGCUGUGCUCCCGACAUAUCAUAUAUACGGCUUGAUAUGCCUCGUAUACCUCCCGGUCAUGCUCGGAACAACGACGAUUUUCAUGGAUAAGUUCGAGCUACAGACAUUCUGUAACCUGAUUCGUGAGCACUCAAUAUCGCAUGUCUACGCUGCACCGCCAAUCGUGCUCCACCUGGCAAAGAAUCGCUCUAUCAAUGGCUCAGACCUAGCAUCUCUACGGAUGAUCACAUCCGGUGGUGCACCGCUCGGGGAAGCCCUGAUCCAGGAAACAUAUAGCCGCUGGAAGGUCCCACUGCGACAAGCGUACGGAUUAUCCGAGACAACAUCAGUCUCCCACAUCCAGCGCUGGGACAGCUGGAACAAAGGCAUCGGAUCAAACGGUCCAGCAGUACCAGGUGUACAGGCCAAAAUCGUAACGGAUGGAGACCGAACCGCUGCUGUGAAAGAAGAAGGCGAGCUGUGGAUUCGCGGGCCUACAGUUUUCAACGGCUACAUGAACGACCCAUCCUCCACGCAAGCCUGUUUCACUGCGGACCGGUGGUUCAAGACAGGAGAUAUCGGAUACGAGGAUGAGAUGGGCAACUUAUUCAUCACAGACCGUGCAAAAGACAUGAUCAAAUUCAAGGGGUUCCAGAUAGCUCCUACAGAGCUGGAGGAUAUUCUAAUUGAACAUCCUGCUGUGAGUGAUGUUGCCGUCAUCGGUGUUUGGAAUGAGGAGAUGCAUUCCGAAGUGCCGCUGGCGUAUUUAGUAGCCAAGGGGGAUACAAACGGGAACGAGAACGUGGCUAGAUCGGUUAUGGAGUAUUUGAAGGGGAAAGUGGUGCAUUAUAAGCAUCUUCGAGGAGGCGUCGUCUGGAUCUCGCAGAUUCCGAAGAGUCCCUCGGGGAAGAUAUUGAAACGGGUCUUGAAGGAUCGAGUUGCCGGUGUGGACAAAGGGAAGCAGAUCCUCGCUCCUGAAUAUGCUCGCUAUCGGUCUAAGCUGUAA